CGGCAGCGGUGGUUGUGUGCGCUUGUCCCUUGGAUUCACCACCAGGACUCACACACUCAGCUCCUGUGCCUUGAAAAGUGUUUAGUGUGCAAAUAGAAAAGGAGCAAAAACCAAAAAAAAAAACUAUGGAAAAAUAACCAUCGCAGGAGUGGUUAAAGUGACAAAAAACUGAAACUGUUCAGGACAUUUUAGUGUGCGAGUGAGAUAAGGACCUGCCGAGACAUUGGCUCGAUGACUACGACAAUGGCUACGCCCAAGGCCUAGGCAAGUUGAACGCCCACACAAACACACACAGGACGAACAGGACGAACAGUGAGAGCAGGACUCGCAGCCUGGCAGCCUGGCAAAUGACUUGUUUUCGGUUCUUAAAUUGUUUUAUUUUUCCCCAGCCAUUUUCCCUUUAUUAUUUAGCGCGUUUGUCCUGUGCAAAGUGUGACCAUUAUGUGGCCAGGACCUCCUGCCAUAUGUUUACUCUGUGUGUUUUUGUGUGGGCGCUUCUAGGGCGCUGCUAGGCCCCCUCUUUAAAAUGAUAUAAUAAAAAAAAACCACAAGCAUCGACAGCGCUUUAAGAGGAAAUGCCGAGAGCCUUAUCACUGGAUGACGAGCUUUGCACUCCGACCCCCACUCACAUUAUCAUUCACAACUCAUCCGAUUGUCAUUGUCUAUGUCCGCCCGACAUCAACGGGGCAGGAGAGGAGGGAUCAAGACGAGAGGACGAGGACCGAAAGAGCUGGAAAGGAAGCUGCAUGCCCCACUUCUCCGUCAGCGCCAUCAUCUCAUCCUGGAUUUUGCGCUUGCAUUCAUUUUUAAAAGACGAAGGACCCAGGGGCAUGCUUAUGCAGGUAUGCAGGAUACAGGGAUACUUCCCAUUGUCUGCAGGACACCGGCAACAUCCUCCAAAUCAAAGCCAGUGCUCGUGCUCGGGUUCCAUCUCUCCAUCUUCAUCUCGUCAUGCGCUAAUGGCACAAGAUUCCAAAAAGAUGAAAGCAUAUGUGGCUGUGUGAAGUGCUGCCUGCCUUGGUGGCUUUGAAUGACUGAAAGCUGGCGAGGAUUAGCCGCAAGGACAGUGGUAAGUGGCCGUCGAGUCUGGCAAAUUAUGCAACUUAAUGCGCUCGUAUGCCAAUGUACAUAAUGCAUAAUUAAUUUGGCCCGACAUGCACAACCUGUUGAGCCGCAGAAGCACUCACCUUGGUGUACUUUACUUCACUUCACCUCACCCCACUCCCCCCGCCAAUCCUGUUGCCAUUCCAACUGAGCCGCUGCUGCCUCAUUGAAAAGUGGCAUAACGAGCUCUUGUGCCCCGGCUUAAAAGCGCUUACAAAUUGCUACAUGAAAAUGUCUGCCAGGGGCUGGGGUGGGGAAAAGUGGGAAAAGCGAUGAAAAUGGAAAACGUAAGGGCAGCGCAAAUGAAGCUGGGCCAACGGGGAACCGGGCUGACGGGGGGUUUUCAUCAACACUUCGGGGCAGUUGCAAAGGGCAAGUUGAAAACUGAAACUGCAAUUGAAGCGCUUUUCCACACACACUCACCCGCACACCCGUACAAAAAACACGGCGGAGAGUGAAAAAACCUUCGGCUUUUUAAUGAGUCAAGUGGCCAACACGUGAAACACUCACA